AUGUCCCAGGUCGACAUCAUCGCACAAGCGAAGGCACAGAUCGCUGCCAAGCUCGCUGCCAUGAGAGCUGGAAACGCCAGCGCCGCGUCUCCAUCUUCAGCUCCUGGUAUUGACAUGGCAGACCUGCAACGGCGUGUCGCCGAAGCGAAAGCCAAAGUUAGUGGUCGAGUAAGCGCCUUAGGGGCUAGACAUUUCGAGGAAGCUGGGCGAUCCGAAGCCGGUGGCAGUGGUCUCAAAGUCGGUCUCCACCCUGCUCUCAUGGGUGAUAUCACCACAACCCAAUCCAAGAAGCGGAAAGUGCUCAAAAUUUACGACACUCCCGACGAAGACCUCUCCCAAAAUUCCUACUUCGAUCCCUCCCUCGGCGCAAACCCCACGAAAUCCCGCGCGGGGCGGUCAUUCGAGUUCGUCGAGCACGGACGGUAUAUCCAGCAAGCCGCCGCUCUCCGGCAACAAGCCCGUCUCGAAGAACUCAAGCGGAGUAUCGCCGCGACUGCACGAAAGGCAGGGUUCGAAGACGAACUCGAUACUUCUGAAAAUGCGUUCAGGAAGGAGGAGCCGCCUGAAGUGGAGUGGUGGGAUCAAGGUCUCGUGACGGACAAGAGCUACGACGAGCCUUUCAAAAUCGCUGGCCCGGAUUCGAUUGUUACGCUUUAUGUCCAGCACCCUAUCCCGAUUCCUCCGCCUGGGGAGAAGCCGGUUCCCGCUCGACCGCUCGUGUUGACGAAGAAGGAGCAGAAGAAGAUUCGACGGCAAGCACGCGCUGAACGUCUAAAGGACAAACAAGAUCAACAGCGUCUUGGAUUGAUCCCGCCUGAUCCGCCGAAGGUCAAGUUGAACAACUUGAUGCGGGUACUCACCUCCGAGGCGGUAAAGGAUCCCACGGCUGUGGAGCGUGAAGUCCGCCAACAAGUCGCCGCAAGAAAAGAGGCACACGAGCAAGACAACGAGGAACGCAAACUCACCCCCGAUCAGCGCCGAGAAAAGGUUUUGGAGAAACUGGAGAAAGACGGGGAUAAGGGUAUCCGCUGCGCCGUAUUCAGAAUCGAGUUCUUGCCACCAGGAUCGAAUAAGUUUAAAGUGGAAGUCAACGCAAAUCAACACGGCCUCACCGGUGUCGGCAUCCUCAACCCCUCCUUCAACCUCGUCAUCGUCGAAGGCGGUCCAAAAUCCGUCAAAAAGUACAAACAUCUCAUGCUCGAACGAAUCGACUGGACCGAUGCCUCGAAAAACGCUCCACUGCGGGAAGACUUAGAUGGAGAUAUGGAGCAGGAUUUGACGAAGAAUAGGUGUGAGUUGGUGUGGGAAGGGGACUUGAGGCAGAGGAAUUUCAGGAUGUGGAAGUAUAGGAGGUGUGAGGAUGAGCAGACGGCGAGGGAGGUGCUUACAAGGGGGAACUGUGUGGAGAUGUGGACGACGGCGAAGGCGUGGGGCAAGAAUGCAGCUGCACGAGUGGUCUCGUCUCAGCCAAGUACAACCAACUCGAACACCCUCAGCUGUCAACGUCCUAUGUCAACAGAUCAAUCAGCUCAGGAUGACUCUUACGCAUUCGGUCCCCUUCUCGACAUCCUAGAUCCUCUAAAGCAGAUCAUCUCCUCAACCUCCACACCAACGAUCACCUCCUACCUCUCCCGCCUAACGAGCAUCUCCCUUCCCUCCCUCGCAAACGAACAACAAGCACUCGAAUCAGAAAAAGCCUCAUUAUCAGCAACCCUCAAGAGUUCAGGCCAACGCGACCACGACGCAUUCGUCUCAGCCGCAGAUCACGCAGACGCGUACCGCACAAGCUACGAGACCCUCUCCACCGGCGUCGACGGUCUUUCAAAGCAAUGUACGAAACUAGGCAAUGCAGUAGGGGAGUUCAACACCUUCGCUUCCGCGCAAUCAACCGAGCGAACCCGCGCAUCCCUCCUCCUCUCAAACCACGACAGACUACUCGAUAUCCUGGAGAUGCCGUCGCUGGUCGCGACAUGCGUACAAAACGGGUACUACACCGAAGCGAUGGAUCUCACCGCCCACGUCCGGCGACUAUCUAUGCGAUUCUCGGAGCAUCCCCUACUAGAGGAGUUGGUGAAAGAAGUUGAUUCGAGUAUGGAGGACAUGGUAUCAAACCUGCUCACUCUCUUGCGACAAUCUAUCAAACUACCCACCGCGAUCAAAGUCAUAGGAUAUCUCCGGCGAAGUACACAAUUAACGGAUCCAGAACUGCGGUAUAUCUUCCUGUUGUCGAGAUGGAAGCAUUUGGAGGAUAUGAUUGGGACACUGAAACCAUUGCAAAAUGAUUCAGCAAGAUAUAUGAAGAGAUACGUGGAGCUUAUUCGAGAAUACGGGUUUGCGAUAUUCAUGCAAUACCGCUCCAUCUUCCCCGACGACACCGCCGUCGACGGCUUGUCAUCACACGGCGAUGGUACUGGUCUGGUGGAACGGACUUUCGCAAAGAAUCUCCUACCGUCAUUCGCGCAAAACCUCGUUACCUCGAUCCGCGAAACACUAGAGGAACACGUCCCUCAGAUGACAGACACAGGUGGACGGCAAUCUCUACUAACGCAAUUACUCUACUGCGCACAAAGUCUUGGGAGAGUAGGUGUGGACUUUACUGGCGCCUGUGUGGACGUCUUCGGCGAUGAAUGGGUUGAGGGCGUCAAGAAUCAUGCAGCGAUACAAGCGAGGCUCAGUGGUGGUAGUGUUGCGGAGAAGAUAUAA